AUGGACUGCCUCGUACGCGGCACAAACUUUUUGAUACGAAACAUCGAAGCAGAAUCUUUCACUUACGAUCAUCAUAACGAAAAUUGUCGCUAUCACUUUGAGACCAUACGUCCAUCUGUGAUUUGCCCAUAUCUUCUUGUCAAUGUUGGUACUGGAGUAUCUGUUUUUAGGGUGGAUAGUGACGGCAAAUAUGAACGGGUCGGAGGUUCCUCUUUAGGAGGAGGCUGUUUUUUUGGGCUAGGAAAUCUUCUGACUUCAGAAGUAGAUUUGGAUGAAAUGAUGCGCAUGGCGGAAGACGGCGACCAUCGACAAUUUGAUAUCUUGGUAUCAGAUAUUUACGGUGGAAAGUUUACUAGCUUGGGUCUCAGUGGUGACUUAAUAGCCGGUUCUUUUGGAAAGUGUGCCAGAAAAUGCCUCGCGGACGACUUGAAAAAUUGUCCAGAUUUCAAGAACAACGUGAUGCGAAGCCUUUUGCUUAUGAUUAGUAAUAGCAUCGGUCAGUUUGCAUUUCUGUACGCUCAAAGAGAGAAAACGAACAGAAUCUAUUUUGACGGAUUCCUCAUCAGAAAUCAUGCUAUCAUAAUGCGAACUAUCUCGUAUGCUAUUGAAUUUUGGAGCGAGGGAACACAACAAGCUCAUUUUUUACGGCACGAAGGUUACACGUCAGCAAUCGGUGCUUACCUUAGUGGAGCCUCCUUAGUUGAUCUUUCCGAAGCAGGAUUUGGAGCAGGAUAUGAGGCAGAACGUCUUUCGUGGCGCGAGUAUUACUCAGGUUGUUCUGAACUUGGUAGAUUCGUCCCUACUGCACCUUUAUCUAUGGGAUUCACGGUGAGUCUACUUCCCAAUAUCAUCCUACAUCGUCCCUGAUG